CGCAAGAGGACCAAGGACGUCUUCCUGGGGGAGAACACCAGGCACAAGCACGGCGGGCGGAUUGACUUUAAGAUGAAGAAAUCGGACAGCACCAAAUCCCUGCUCAUCAAGUCAGAGCAGCUACUCAGGAUUGAGGACCACGACUUCGCCAUGAGGCCUGGCUUUGGGGGUUCGGCUAUUCCAGUGGGUAUCGAUGUUCAGGUGGAGAGCAUCGACAGCAUCUCAGAAGUCAACAUGGACUUCACCAUGACCCUGUACCUGAGGCACUACUGGCAGGACGACCGGCUGGCCUUCCCCUCCGGCAGCAACAAGAGCCGCACCUUCGACGCCCGGCUGGUCAAGAAGAUCUGGGUGCCCGACGUCUUCUUCGUCCACUCCAAACGCUCCUUCAUCCACGACACCACCAUGGAGAACAUCAUGCUCAGGAUCUAUCCCGAUGGCACCAUCCUAUACAGUGUGAGGGUCACAGUGACAGCUCUCUGUUCAAUGGACUUCAGCAGUUUUCCCCUGGACACACAAAACUGCUCUCUAGAACUGGAGAGUUACGCCUAUAAUGAGAACGACCUGAUGCUCUACUGGAAGAACGGGAACGAUUCACUAAGGACUGAUGAGAUCGUGCUCUCACAGUUUUUUAUUGAAGACUUCCAGCCUUCCUACGGGCUUGCCUUUUACAGCAGCACCGGCUGGUAUAACCGCUUGUACAUCAACUUCAUCCUGCGGAGGCACAUCUUCUUCUUCAUGCUGCAAACCUACUUCCCCACCAUGCUGAUGGUCAUGCUGUCCUGGGUCUCCUUCUGGAUCGACAGGAGGGCCGUGCCCGCCAGAGUCUCGCUAGGCAUCACCACGGUACUGACCAUGUCCACCAUCAUCACGGGCGUGUCGGCGUCCAUGCCGCAGGUGUCCUAUGUGAAGGCGGUCGACAUCUACCUGUGGGCCAGCUUCCUGUUCGUCUUCCUGUCCGUCAUCGAGUACGCCGCCGUCAACUACUUCACCACCGUGGAGGAGAUGCGCAAGCUCAAGAAGGGGAAUGUUGCCGCCACCACCAACUACAACACCUACAACACCAGCCAGGCCAUGGCGUUCGACGGCUGCUUCCACGACGACAUGGACCUGGCGCCGUUCCCCGACCUGCCCACCACGCCCAACACGGACGGCGCCUCGGUGGGGGGGCCCCCUCGCAACUCCUCGGCGGGGGUGGACCCUCCGCCCACCGAGGGCACACGGCUCUGGCGGCGGCGGUCCGUGCGCUACAACCUGCGCUUCAUCAUGAGCAACAGCUACAUGAUCGACUCGUACUCACGCAUCAUCUUCCCCGCCACCUACCUGCUCUUCAACAUCAUCUACUGGUGCAUGUACUCCUGA